GAUGACACAUGUCCGGGGCGGUGGAGAAGGAAAGAUGGCGGCGCCCAUGGAGGUGGCCGUGUGUACCGACUCAGCGGCCCAGCUGUGGAGUUGCGUCGUGUGGGAGCUGCACUCGGGCGCCAAUCUGCUCACAUACCGCGGCGGCCAGGCCGGGCCUCGCGGCCUGGCGCUGCUCAAUGGCGAGUACUUGCUGGCGGCGCAGCUGGGCAAGAACUACAUCAGCGCCUGGGAGCUACAGAGGAAGGACCAGCUUCAGCAGAAGAUCAUGUGCCCCGGACCGGUCACCUGUCUCACCACGUCGCCCAACGGCCUCUACGUUCUGGCAGGGAUCGCAGAGAGCAUAUACCUGUGGGAGGUUUCCACGGGGAACCUUCUGGUCAUCCUGAGCCGCCACUACCAGGACGUGUCGUGCCUACAGUUCACGGGGGACAGCAGCCACUUCGUCUCGGGGGGCAAGGACUGCCUGGUGCUGGCUUGGAGCCUCUGCAGCGUGCUGCAGGCAGACCCCUCCCGGACCCCCGGACCCCGGCACGUGUGGUCUCGCCACACCCUCCCCAUCACAGACCUGCACUGCGGCUUUGGUGGGCCCCUGGCCCGGGUGGCCACCGCCUCGCUGGACCAGACAGUGAAGCUGUGGGAGAUCUCCUCCGGCGAGCUGCUGCUGUCUGUGCUCUUCGACGUGAGCAUCAUGGCCGUGACCAUGGACCUGGCUGAGCAUCACAUGUUCUGCGGUGGCAGUGACGGCUCCAUCUUCCAGGUCGACCUCUGCACCUGGCCUGGGCAGAGAGAGAAGAGCUUCCAGCCGGAGCAGGACCACGGGAAGGUGUUCAGAGGGCACAGGAACCAGGUGACCUGCCUGUCAGUGUCCACGGAUGGCAGCGUGCUACUCUCGGGCUCCCACGACGAGACGGUGCGCCUCUGGGAUGUGCAGAGCCAGCAGUGCCUCAGGACGGUGGCUCUCAAAGGCCCCGUGACCAACGCCUGCAUCAUGCUGGCGCCCAUCAGCAUGCUGAGCUCUGACUUCAGGCCCGGCCUGCCCUUGCCCCACUUCAACAAGCACCUGCUGGGCACGGAGCAUGGGGAUGAGCCGCGCCACGGGGGCCUCACGCUGCGCCUGGGCCUCCACCAGCAGGGGUCAGAGCCCAGCUACCUGGAGCGGGUGGAACAGCUGCACGGGGUGAUGUGCAGCACGUUGGAGAAGAACGUGCUGGGUGGCCAGGACCAGCUGCGGAUCCGCGUGGCAGAGCUGGAGGACGAGGUGCGGAACCUGCGCAAGAUCAACCGCGACCUAUUCGACUUCUCCACGCGCAUCAUCACUCGGCCGGCCAAGUGAGCGCGUGUGCCCGACCCCGGCCAAGUGAGGCCCAGUGAGCGCGCGCGUAGCCCGGACCCACACCCGGACCUGCCCCCUGGGCUCCCCCCAGGACCCUCCCGACUGGCUGGCAGACCCCGAGGCCCAAGGCCCGAGCCCAUCCUCUGCCGGCGUCCUAUCAUUUGGAUUUGCCCACCAGGGGCCGUGGUCCAGUGUUGACCCGCUGUCCUCCCGUGAUCUGCCAUGUCGUGUUGGUGCUGUGCCGUGUCUAACAAAAGACCUGAAAUCCUGCCUCUCGGCCUCCUUGUGCCCACGCUGGGCUCAGGACCCCGGUGGCGGGACCUGCUUCAGGGACCUCACCGUAGUCA